CGCGGGGCACGUGGAAAGUUGGUUACGACACUGUGUCGGUGUGCCAGGCAUACGUAUGGACUCGCGGUGGAUUCUUCCUUCCAAGAGGCGACGAUCGAAUAACAAUUUCUGGAUUCGAAUACAAUUUUCAACGCUGGUCUCGGCCAAUUAAAGAAGCGCAUACGGUGCACGUCUUUUUGCGCUAUGGUCACUACACGUUAUCAAAGUGUCUCUCCGUAUCGCUGCACCGCGUCAUGGAGGUGAGGUGCCGGCAUUGCUGUAAAUUUCUUUUCAAGGGCGACUCUGUCUUGUUCAAUGCGCACCACGAGAUGAAGCAGCAGGCGGCGGAUGUAGGAUGCCAAGAAGGCGAGUCCGAUUGCUGUUCGUACAUGACUCCGGAGAGUGCACCGGAUUGGAUUAUGGAUGCCAUUGAUCAGGAAUCUUGGACCAAGGGAAAAAUACAUUGUCCGUACUGCAACAGUCGCUUAGGAUCCUUCAACUUUGUGAACGAGUUCAAGUGCUGCUGCGACAAGUAUGUGAGGCCUCCCAUAAGGAUAGUCAACUCCAAAGUGGACAUAUUGUGUGAAGGUUUGGGACAGUGAGCAAGAACAGAAUUUAUGUAUAUGUACAUCGCCUCUGUUUAAUACAUCGUUGUAUAUUGUUGUACAGUACCCACACAGCAUAGAAAGAUUGCAGGAAGAUUGCAGAAAUGUUACAUUGCAAGUUUGCAAUAUUGCAGCAACGUUGCGCAA